AUUAAUUUAAAAUAAGAGAAUUUUGUGCUAUCUGCUUAUCCCAACCAAACAGGGUGGCCUUCAGCAGCCAUAAAAACCAUACUUGAUUUCCUUUUCCACUUUUAAUCGUUGAGGUAUCCCCGGAGAGAGAGAGAGAUGGGUUGGCUUAGUCGAUUUGUGGCGGCCGUGGCUUUCUUAGCCAUCGGGGUGAUAUUCUCUCCGGAAACAUUUGGAUCUAAUUCCAUUGUUCAGCUACCUACUUACCUGAAACUGGCUCACCUCCUCAGCUUUUCCACGGCUUUUGGUGCCGCUCUCUGGGUCACCUUCAUCGGUGGCAUCAUCAUGUUCAAGAAUCUGCCAAGGCAUCAGUUUGGUAAUUUGCAAAGCAAGAUGUUUCCUGCAUACUUUUGGUUGGUGGGAGUGUGCUGUGCAAUAUCUGUGGCUUCAUUUGGUUAUUUACAUCCAUGGAAAUCAGCUUCCGCUGCAGAGAAGUACCAGCUGGGGUUCCUGUUAUCUUCCUUGGCUUUCAAUCUUGCCAACUUAUUUGUCUUCACUCCCAUGACUAUCGAGAUGAUGAAGCAAAGGCACAAGGUGGAGAGGGAACAAAACAUUGGGAAUGAAAUUGGGUGGUCAAAGAACCAGGAAGUUGCAAAGGCUAACCCAAAGCUUGCUGCAAUGAACAAGAAAUUUGGCAUGAUCCAUGGUUUUUCAUCCCUUGCUAAUAUCAUGUCUUUUGGAAGCCUUGCCAUGCACUCAUGGUACUUAGCAGGAAAGAUGAAUCUGUAAUUUGUAAGUCAGGUGAAAGCAUGUCUUUGGCUAUGAAUUUGUACUUCAUGAGUUGCUUGGAUAUUUCUGAUUGUUCCUGGCCAAGCUGUGUAAUUCUGAACAAUGUGAUAUGUUUAAGAAGUUCAUCAUUCCGACAUACUCUGAAAUAAAAAUUCACAGAUUUACGCAUCUA